CGUACUCAAGAUCUUAAAACUGUCAAUUGGAAAUUUGGAAUUAGAGUUUAGGCGGCCGUCCUAAAUUGAUCUAAUCCAAGUUUAAACAAAGACCAGUUUUCAAACACCUUUUCGAGUUUAGAUUUGACAGUAGCGCAAUGGCUAAAAUUCCUUCAAGGUCAAAUUAAUCCAAAAAAACAACCAAAUCAAAGAUUCAAUCUUUUUUGUCAAACGAUCCGGCCUAAAAAGGUUUCAUAAUUUCAGAGACAAUAAUCAAUCAAUAAAUCAUACUUGAACAAUUCAACAUCAACACACAUCAACACACAUGCAAUUCAACAUUUGUAAUAUAACUUACACAUUUAACAAACAUAGAAUUGAAAAUAAACAUAUUUAAUACUGACAAUCAAAUUCAUAAAUUGUGAAACUUAUAAAUUGGAAAGUCUUAAUUAAAGAAUGAAAUUAAAAAGGAGAAAAUUGCUCCCCUGAGUAUUGCUCCUUCAUCCGUUCGUUCACUGCCAAAGAAAAGAAAUGGCUGCCAAAGAAAUUUCUCCAUCCAUGGCCGCCGCUCAGAAUAUGCCUAGGGUCGGAGUUGCCGUCCAGACCUCCCGUCGUCGUCACCGCUGUGCAAUUGCCGUCGCCGGACCUAGGGUCGGAACCCUAGGUCGGCACCUGCUCUGCUCCGAUUUGUUCUCUCGUCUCUAUCCGUCUCCGUAUUCAACCCAUUCUUUUUGCUUCUUUUAUACACAAAUUAAUCCAGCUUUAGUCUUCAAUUUGGAUUAGGACUUGAAAUUAGAGUGGGAGUUGAAGAAGAAGGCUAUCCGGUUGGUUCUUGCGCCUAGGGCUCCUACCU